AUGGCUCUAGUAUUUCAGGCAAGAAUUGCUUGGAUGCGGUAUGUUAGUGUGGUUUGUGUCAUUGGAAUUAUAGCCGGUUUCUGCAUAGGUCCAGCUGGAUUGCCUUUUAUAAUCACAGGAGAGCUCUUCAAGCAAUCUCAUCGUCCAGCAGCAUUCAUUGUCGGAGGAACUUUGAAUUGGUUUUCCAACUUUACAGUUGGUUUUGUGUUCCCCUUCCUUCAGAGCUCAGCGGGAGCCUUCUGCUACCUGGUAUUUUGUGGGGUCUGUGUAUUUGUAGCACUUUAUGUUUAUUUUGUGAUCCCGGAAACAAAGAAUAAAACCUUUGUAGAAAUUAGUGAAAUGUUCUCCUCUGGAAAAUCCCUAUCUACACCCGUUGCAGCUGUAGACAACAUGAAACUGAAGAAGAUGAAUGGGUAUGGAGCUUUAGAAAGCAGCUCUCUGGAAUUUUAA